AUGAAGAGCAUACCCUUUCUUCAGCGCAAUGCGGUGAGACAGCUCUUCGAGACGCGACCCUCACUCCGCCAGGCAUUUCGCCAGCUCCAACGAUCUCAGACAGCGUUCCGGACGAGACCAUUGCAAACAGCCAGUCUGACACGGUCGAUACGUACCCGGCAACCUACGACAAAUUCUCUCACACAAGCAUUCAGACGUCGCGCACCUAAUGGUCGACGCUACAAUUCCUCUGCUCCUGCUGCUGCUCCUGAAGAAAAACUCAGUGUCUCCCAACGUCUGAAAAGGCUAUCCAAGGAAUAUGGAUGGACCGCUGUGGGCGUGUACUUUGCGCUGUCCGCGCUGGACUUUCCCUUUUGUUUCCUCGCCGUCAAAUUACUGGGCACAGAUCGCAUUGGGCAUUGGGAACAUGUGAUUCUGUCACAUAUCAAGGAGCUACUGAAAUGGCCUCUACCCAAGGAAGCGAAGGAGCAGGUCGACGGGGCAAGCGGACAAUUGAAAGAUGGACCUGAAAUUGAAGAGGGAGCUACCAAGAGAGUCUUGGAGGAACCGAAUGAAACAUAUGCUGUACAAGAUCAUGGCUAUAAAGAGGCCGAGGCCGCAAAUCGCGGCGACAAUGCUAGUAUAUGGACGCAGCUGGCACUGGCAUAUGCGGUUCAUAAAUCUUUCAUAUUCCUUCGGGUCCCUCUUACCGCGGCCGUCCUCCCCAAAGUGGUCAAAACUUUGAGAUCCUGGGGGUGGAAUAUUGGCAGGACUUCCAGCAAGAAAGCUGUGACUGCCGGUCAAUCUAGUGCGACGGGCAUCAAUUCCAAAGGUUCAAGAGUAAAACCGGAUGAUUGA